UAACAUGCAGUAUUAAAACGCUUGUGGACAGAGCUGUAUGCUUUAUUGGUUUUGAUCAGUUUAACUAGGUAACUUCUUAAUACUUUAGAAUAUUCAACUUAACAAAGUAACAAUGGAAAAUAAAAACCUCACAUUUACUGAAACAAUUGAUCUGCGUAAUAAAUAUAUUGGGAAAUCUUGCGAAUUGUUUUAUAAGAAGAGCCCUUUGAAAAUCGUUCGUGGCCAAGCACAGUAUUUGUAUGAUCAAGACGGAAGAGAAUACUUGGAUUGCAUCAAUAACGUUGCCCACGUUGGCCACUGUCAUCCAGCCGUGGUGAAAGCUGGAGUGGAGCAAAUGCAACAGUUGAACACCAACAGCAGGUUUCUUCAUGAUAAUCUGGUGGUGUGCGCUGAGAAGAUCGUGUCGAAAAUGCCGGAACCGUUAUCCGUCUGUUUCUUCGUCAAUUCUGGUUCCGAAGCAAAUGACUUGGCAUUGCGGUUGGCUCGGCAACACACGGGCAACACCGACGUCAUCACCCUGGAUCAUGCGUACCAUGGCCACUUGACUUCACUAAUUGAUAUUUCACCAUAUAAACUGAAUUUGCCAAGAGCACCAAAAAAACCAGAUCACGUGCACAUAGCUCCUGUUCCGGAUGUAUAUAGAGGUAAAAUUAGAGCUGACGAUCACCCCGAUGAGGAUAUGGGCAAGCUGUAUGCACUUGAAGUUAAAAAAAUUAUUGAUCAAAAUGUGAUCGAAGGACGUGGUCAACAAGUUUGCGCAUUCAUAGCAGAAAGCUUACAAAGCUGUGGUGGUCAAAUAAUACUACCACAUAAUUACUUACGAGAUGUUUACAAAUAUGUGCGAGAAGCCGGUGGUGUGUGCAUUGCUGACGAAGUUCAAGUAGGAUUUGGCCGAUCGGGUACGCACUAUUGGGCAUUCCAGCUUGACGGAGCGGAUGUUGUACCCGACAUCGUGACUAUGGGCAAGCCCAUGGGCAACGGACAUCCGGUUGCAGCCGUUAUCACUACAGAAGCAGUGGCACGCAGUUUUGAAGCCACUGGCAUUCAAUAUUUCAAUACAGUGAUACGGUGGAAUCCUGUGUCGUGCGCCAUAGCUAUCGCCGUGAUGAACGUGGUUGCCGACGAAUUGAUGAUGGAAAAUGCCAAAGACGUGGGCGAGUAUCUAUUAUCCGAACUAGAAAAUAUGCAACGGAGGUUCCCGGACGUUAUCGGAGAUGUUCGCGGUGUCGGACUGUUCGUUGGUAUCGAACUGAUACAGGAUGCGAAAACCAAGACUCCGGCCACGGCGGAAACCCGAGAGAUCGUCAACAGAAUGAAAGAUGAAGAAAGAAUACUGGUCAGCAGUGACGGACCAGACGUGAACGUCAUCAAACUUAAGCCACCAAUGGUAUUUACCAGAGCCAACGCCGAUCGAUUUCUUAAGUCGUUUAAGACAAUGAUUUCAGAUAUCAGGACACAGCGGUUUCAAAUGCUGUGAUUUAUUUUAUGUUGCUACCUACUAUAUGUUUAGGUAAUAGAUAAAGUUAACAUAAUUGUAUUCUUUAAAUAAGUAGUCAAUUACCUAAUUUUUAUAAAAAAAACAAAUGACGUGAUAUGUUAAUGCUUAAUAUAAUAUUUAAAUUAAUAUAAAUGUAUAAUUGAAAA